GUGAAUUUCCGUCGUCGCCUCAAGAACGCCUCCAACACGACACUAGCCGUGUUUCUGCCUGGAGCAGACGACCUGAUUAUUCCCGUGAACCGUUUGCGCCUUCCUCCGCUCCUACUUUCAGCCCCUCCCCGGAGUUGCUCCUUCCCCCGACAACCUCACUUCGACACAAAAUUUGCCAUCCGCUUUUUUCGCUCCCCCUCCGACCGCCGCUCACCUCUCCCUUACGACCAUCUCGCCGCCGUACCACCUCUCCAACCUCACUUUUAAACCCCUCCUCCCACAAUCAUAAUGGCCGCUGUCGCAGAGAACGGCCACGCGCCCGUGGCUGAUGAGAACGCCGCCCCCGUUGCUGCCGCCGUUGAACAGAAGGAACAGACCGAGAAGACGAAUGGAGACUCCGUCACAGUAUUCCACGACCCGGAGAACUUCACCGUGAAGCAUCCUUUGAUGCACGAGUGGACUCUCUGGUUUACCAAGCCCCCCAGCGGCAAGGGCGAUAACUGGAACGAUCUGUUGAAGGAAGUUGUGACGUUUAACUCCGUCGAGGAAUUCUGGGGAAUCUACAACAACAUCUCGCCCACGUCCGAGCUGGGCCUCAAAGCAGACUACCACCUUUUCAAGAAGGGAAUCCGCCCUGAGUGGGAGGACCCCCAGAACAAGCACGGAGGCAAGUGGUCAUACUCGUUCAAGGACAAGCGCUCCGUGCCCAUCGACGACCUGUGGCUCCACGCCCAGUUGGCCGCCAUUGGCGAGACUCUCGAGAACGAUGGCGACAGCGAAGUCAUGGGUGUCGUCGUGAACGUGCGCAAGGGUUUCUACCGUGUGGGUCUGUGGACACGGACUGUUGGCAAGAGCAUCGCCGGCGACAAGACCACCCGCACCCCCGCGCAGGGCAAGGAGAUCCUCGAGUCGAUUGGCCGGCGCUUCAAGGAGGUCCUCCGCCUCAAGGAGGGCGAGGUUGUUGAGUUCUCGGGUCACACAGACAGUGCUCACAGCGGCAGCACGAGGGCCAAGGCCAAGUACACUGCUUAAGGCACCCAAGUUCAUGUGCUCACUCCGUUUACGAGGUACUCACGGUGUAUCUGCUUCUUUGCUACGGACUAAUGGAAAGGCUUUGUGAUGAUGGGCGGUAACGAAUGAGAAAGGAUCAGCAUGAGGGAAUGCGAGAUGGAUGGAAACACUCGAACCUGGCCUGCCAGCAAUUUGGCGGGGCAGUGAUGAUUCGACCAUAGCCAGUCACCGCAUGUAUUUUCCCCUCAGGGCGUAUUUCUGACGAGGUUUAUACCAUAUUUCAUCGAGUUUUAGUGUUAUGCCUGCUACCAGGCCG